UGUCAGUAGGAAGUUUCCUGGGAACAGCAGUUUACUUCUUCAUCCUUUGUUCAAUCCCUCGAAGGAAACCUGGAGUUUAUUCCCAGAGCCUAUGAUCCUGGUUCCAAGCCUGAGAGGCCAUUGACUGCUCCUCCAGGCUCUUCUUUCCAAAGCCCUCGACCAUGUCCACGCCCUGGAAAAUCCUCCCACGUUGCGCUCUCUUCUUCUCCCUCUUCCUCCGCCUCUGCGUCGCGGAUGUGGGCACUGCCGCCUACUACGGCCCGCCUUACACUCCCACGGUCUGCUUUGGCGGAGACACGAGCCGGUUUCCUCCAAACAACCUCUUCGCGGCGGCGGGCGAGGGGGUAUGGGACAACGGCGCAGCUUGCGGGAGGGCGUACACGGUCCGAUGCCUCAGCUCGCCCACUCCGAAGGCCUGCGUCAACGGCAGCACAGUCCAGGUCAAGGUCGUCGAUCAGGGCAGCAUGCUGAACUCGAUGCCGUCCACCAACGGCACGACGUUGGUCCUGUCAAACGCAGCGUUUCAGAUGAUUGCGAGCUCGAUGGCUUCCAUCAUCAACAUCGAGUUCGCGCAGGUUUGAUCUGCGUGUCGAAUGAAAGGGGUUGCGAACUUGUGUUCGUCUUACGAGCUUCCUGUUGGUGUCUUUCAAUCUGAUUGCUUUCUCAUGCUAUAUCUCAAGAACGAUCUUCACAUCUA